CCUAUAAUUUUAUGUGUUAUGUUCUCGAAGGUACCUAUGUCGUCUCAAGAAGUACGUGCGUAAUAGGGCACAACCGGAGGGAUCUAUUGCAGAGGGCUACUUGUCAGAAGAGAUUCUGACGUUCUGUUCAAGAUAUCUAGAUAACGUCGAGACUAGGAUCAACCGACCGACGCGGGUUGACGAUCGGCCGAACGAUGCCCUGCCCAGUGAGGCUGCCAGCAUGUUCCCAUAAGUUGGAAAGGCGGUCGGGGCUACUUCAUUUUUUACUUUGACCUCCACUGAAAUCCUUCAAGCACAUCGUCAUGUACUGGUCAAUUGCAUUGCCGUAGAGAAAUUCUUAGAGUAAGUAUCGAGACCGAGUUCUAAAAUUAUGCAGCGAGCCAAUAUAGCUUUAACAAUAAUAAAAUUGAACAUUUUUUUGGAACUAUGCAUAGUGAGUACAGAGCCAUCACAAAGAGAAAAAUGCGAAGCAAAAUAAGGUCCCAGUCUCUUAUAGAUAGUGUGGUGCACAGAGAAUUCCCCAACUGGUUUAGGCAUCAGGUCCCAUUUGGAAGCACCAGUCAUUCGAACGAGUUGCAAUGGCUUGCCUGUGGACCCCUUGCUCAGGCCAGACGCUAUCAAGCUUACAACGUCAAUGGAUUUAAAUUUAGAACCAUCUCGAGGGAGGAAGGGAUGAAAACACAAAAUAGCGGGAUUUAUGUCACUUCGGAUACUAGGAGUUAUGCAAGCAAACGGGAUGUCAAUGUUGCCGUCGGCGGUGUAUCGUACUACGUGAGAUUAGUAGACAUCAUCGAGCUAAAUUACAGUGGUCAGUUCAAUGUAGUCUUGUUCAAGUGUCUCUGGGCAGACACCACGUCGGGCAGAGGCAUACGACAAGACGAGUUGGGUCAUACCUGUGUCAAUUUUACUAAUCCGAUUCACACCGGUGAUCGAGAAGACGAUGAGCCGUACAUCCUAGCAUCUGAGGCGCGUCUUGUGUUCUACGUGGAGGAUGAGGUGGACAACGGAUGGAGUGUAGUAGUCCAUGUGAUGCCUAGAGAUUUGUUUGACAUGGGCGAAGAUUAUGAACAUUGUGAGGUCGACUUUCACCCCCAAAUCUGUAUGACGAGCUUGACUGAAUUUGAUGUCGAAGGCUUGCGGUUGACAAGAGAUGAGGUUUUAGAGGAAUCCACUCAUAACGUGGGUGAUGAUUGUGAUGAGGCCGCCGAUUCCUAAUAUACAUUUCUCCAUGAUGGAUGUAGCUCAUAUUCACGGGAUUUUAUGCAUAUAUACUACUGUCAUGAUUCACCUAGGAGAGAUAGCUGAAUGU